AUGAAAUUUGGUGAUAAUUUACCUCAUUUAUCAAUCCCACAAUGGAAAAGUUAUAAUUUAGAUUAUAAUAAUUUGAAAUAUCAAAUUAGAUCAAUCACUAAGUCCAAAAACCCUACUAAAAAAGAUUUAUUUUCUUUAAAGCAAUCAUUUAUUGAAAAUUUUGAUUAUAUAAAUUUAUUCAUUGAAACCAAAUACGGAGAAUUAACACGAAAAUUCAUAUGUCUAGAAAAUCAAUUUAAAUUCAUUAAUAAUAAUUCUAGUGGUAAUGAAAAUGGAAAUGAUAGCAUUGACACUAUAUUGAUUCAAUUAGAUGAACUAUUUUAUCAAACUAUUGAAUUAUCAAUUGAAUUGAAAAACCUUUCAAAAUUUAUCAUUAUUCAAAAAAUCGCCAUCAAGAAAAUUUUCAAGAAAUUUUUAAAAUAUUAUCCUCAUAAACAGCAAGGUAAAGAAUUUGUACUAAAUUUGAAGCAAUAUUAUUUAGACCAUUCCAAGAUUAAAAAUUUAAAUGCAUUAACAUUGAAAUUAACUAAUUUAAUCAAUAUCAUUAAAUAUGAAAGGAAAUCACAACAAGUGCAAUACCAACAAUCACAUCAAAAUCAACGUGAAAAUCUAAGGCGAAAUAAUUCGUUAUUUAGUAUAUCUUCAACAAUUAUGACGAGUUCAGAUUAUCAAAAUUCAAUCUUACCACCAAGAAAUACGGGCACCACCAAUGGGAUUGCCACUCUGAAUAAUCUACCAAUACAACAAACUCCAACUUCAAAUGAGUCAUGGUAUGAUUUAAGUUUAUUAUUGAAAAAGAAUUUCCACAUCCAUUGUUUAAUUCAUGAAGAUGCCAUUAAUGAUUUAAAGAUAAAUUUCAAUUUGUAUUACCAACUAAAACCAAUCAAUACUGGUACUGAUGAUGAUAGUUGGGUUUCAUGUACAUAUUUGACACGAGAUUAUUUAUUGGAUGAUCAUCCUGCUUAUAUUAUUACUCAUAAAAAUAAUGAUAAUUCAAUGAUAGUGGCCCCCAUUGGUGGAUUAAGACAAUUUUCUUAUUGUAUAUUGCCUAAUAAUAUUGUACAAACAUUAAUUUAUCAUUUGAAUGAUAGAUCAAAUGAUAAUUAUAGACAAGAAUUGUUAGAAUUUUUCCAAAAACUGUCUUCACCAAGUUUAUUAACCAAAAAAACUAUUGAUUUUAUUGUUUCUAAUGAUUUUAAACCAAGUUUGAAAUUAUUUUGUAAACGAUCAAGGUAUUUAAUUGAGACAAAUGAUGAAGAUGGUGAAGGAAGUGUUAUAGAUAGUGAGUUUACUGAUGGUAAGAACACUAAUAAUAACAAUAGCAAAUCUGGUGAUGAUUCAAUCGAUAAUGAUUAUUUGAUUACUUUGGAUAGUGAUAUUAUGACAACCAAUAGAUCACAAUAUGUGAAUGAUUUAACAUUCCUUAAUGAAGAAGAAUUGAAUCAAUUAGAUGUUUUCCCUCAUGGACACGUUACAAUUUCAUCGAAUGAUAUUAAUUUAUCGAAUUUUGAAAAUUCUUUAACCACAGAAAUUGAUGUACAAGAAAAUAAUAAUGGUGGUGUUAUUAAAAAUCAUCAUGAUAAUUUAAGAAAAUUGCCAAAGAAAAUUCAAACAAUUUUAAAUAAUAAUCCUAGUUUGACAUUAUUUAAACAAUUGAAUUUUUAUCAAUAUCAAUUAUCAUGUUAUCAUAAUAUUAUUCCUCAAGGUGAAUUAAUCAAUAAUCAUUAUAAUAAUUUAUUAAAUUUAAAUUUAUUGAAAAAUUUUGAAAAUUUACAAACUAUUAAUGAACAAGCCACUCAAGAACAUGAAUUGAUUGAAAGAAAAUCGAAGAAUAUUUUGAAUCAUAGAAUGUCAUUGUGUUCUUUAUCAACCCCUACUAGUAAUAAUGAUCAUAUGGGAAGACAAUUACAAUCAAGCUCAAGAAGAAAUAGUAGUAUAUUUGAACGACCAAAUCGUACUGAAGAAGAUGAUGAUUAUGAUGGAUAUGAAGAUGAUGACGCUGAUCAAGUCAGUUUAUCAUUGAAUGAAUUGAUUAAUCAAGAUGAAGAUAUUUUGAUUCAUAGUUUAAAACAUCAACAACAACGGAAAUUAUAUCAUCAAAAUAACACCAACAACAACAAUGUUAUCCCCACUUUUAUUGAUAAAUUAUCAAUUUGGAAAAAUAAACUUUUAGCAUCCGCAACAGGUAAUACAACCAACUCAAAAAAAACACAUAAUGCUAAUAAAGCUUAUGAAAAUCCAUUUUUCCUUGCUAACGAAGAGGAAGAUGAAUUUUAUGAAGUUCCAUUAGACCCAUAUACUAAAUUAUUAUCACUAUAUCAUCAUCAUCAUCAAAACCAAAGUCAAGGACAAGGCCAUGGACUACUUCUUGGUCAAAAAGGUUCUGAUUCCAAUUAUUAUUAUUCAACCUAUGAUUCAAUCAAUGAAGAACCUCAACCACAACAAUCAUAUUUGAAAAGAAAUGAUUAUCAAUUAUUUUAUGAAUUCAAUUAUGAUCAAACCUUAUCAUAUGUUUAUUUCACUUUGAAUAUCAUUUCAUUAUUUUUAUCAGGAAUUCAAUUAGGUAUAUUCAUGUCAAUUCUUCAAAAACCUGAUCUUAGUGGUGGUAAUGAUAUUGAUUAUCAAUUUUUAAUUCGUGAUAAUAUUGGAUUAAUUGUUAUAUUAACGUUAGGUAUUAUAACAAGUUUAAUAUUUGGAUUGAUUAGUGUCAAUUUAUUAAUUCAACGAUUUAAUCAACCUCCUUUGUUUCAUGUAUUGAUUGUUUGGGGUGGAUUAUUGAUUAAUUUGAUUUGUUGUGUUUGGAGUGGAGUUUUAUUAAUUGGAUGUCUAUAA